CGGAGCAGCCGUCCACUCCCCACCCUCCGCCUCCGGUGCAUGGGGCCCGGCUGAGGAGCCAGCAUGGGCAACUGCGUGGGGAGACAGCGCCGGGAGAGGCCGGCAGCCCCUGGACACCCCCGCAAGCGAGCAGGCCCUGCCAUAGGCCUGGGGAUAUCAAGCUGAUGAAGACACAGGCCCUGCCCUCUAGACGCACCACAAGGAGCCAACCAGGGUCCUUCAUGCAGCUGGAACCACAGCCCUAGUCACUCCUUGUCCCUGGAAGAAGAGGCAGUGUUUUAGAAUCUCCGAGGAGCCGCUUCCCAAAAGGUGCCCAUGGACAUUCUGGUGUUAGAGGACGAGAAGCACCAGGGGACUCAGAAUCUGACUUUACAGAAGGUUAAGGGCCAGGAGCGCGUGCGCAAGACAUCGCUGGACCUGCGGCGGGAGAUCAUCGAUGUGGGUGGAAUCCAGAACCUCAUUGAGCUGCGGAAAAAACGGAAGCAGAAGAAGCGAGAAGCACUGGCUGCCCCCCAGGAGCUGCCCCCGGAGCCUGAGGAGAUCACCGGCCCUGUGGAGGAGGAGACAUUCCUGAAAGCAGCGGUGGAGGGGAAGAUGAAGGUCGUAGAGAAGUUUCUGGCAGAUGGAGGUUCGGCUGAUGCCUGUGAUGAGUUCCAUCGGACAGCACUGCACCGAGCCUCCCUGGAGGGCCACGUGGAGAUCCUGGAGAAGCUUCUGGAGAGUGGAGCCACUGUGGACUUUCAGGACCGGCUGGACUGCACAGCCAUGCAUUGGGCUUGCCGUGGGGGCCACUUGGAGGUGGUGAAACUCCUACAAAGCCGAGGAGCAGAUGCCAAUGUGAGGGAUAAGCUGCUGAGCACCCCCCUGCACGUGGCGGUCCGGACGGGGCAAGUGGAGAUCGUGGCGCACUUUCUAUCCCAGGGCCUGGACAUCAAUGCCAGAGACAGAGAAGGGGACAGUGCCCUGCACGAUGCCGUGAGGCUCAACCGCUACAAAAUCAUCAAACUGCUGCUUUUGCACGGAGCUGACAUGAUGGCCAAGAACCUGGCAGGAAAGACUCCUACAGACCUGGUGCAGCUGUGGCAGGCUGACACCCGGCAUGCCCUGGAACACCCCGAGCCAGGGACGGAGCAGAACGGGCUGGAGGAUCCUGCUGAGAGUGGGCAGGCGACCCCCCAGCCUGUGCUAGCCCAGUAAACACCUGCUUCAGGCCAGCCGGACACCCGGCCCCUCCCCAGCUUGCAGCCAGAGGGUCACAGAAUGACCCCAGGGCCAGCCCAAAGUUAACUCUGAGGACCCAGCCAUUCCUCUGCUUCCCAGUAACACAGGCAGCAGGAGCGGUACUUCUCCCCCACGCCCCCCACCCCAGGAGAACCCAGCAAGCUACUGCAAUA